UCCUUCACGUUACCGUGAGAUGCAGCCGGAGUUCAGCAGCAGAGCCUGCAUGUGAGGAUCAACGUGUUUAAGUGGACUCUGUUUAAACUUUCGGGAUGUUUCACCUCAGACUCAUCUCCUGUUAGCCAAGAAUGCUAAAGGAAGUUAGCUUGUUAGCAGGAAGUAGCCGGAGCCGGAGCUCGGCCUCACAGUCGGAGCAGCUUCCAUAGAGACCAAACUGUAUUUUUCACGGAGCCCAAAUGUCCAAAUAGAGCUGUCUGAAUAGACUCUGUGCUGUUCCCUUUAUCUGAACAUGUUUAACAUCUGAAUUAUCUCCCGCUGUCCUACGAAGCUAAUGCAGUUAGCUUAGCUUGCUAGCUGGAAACAGUCUGGAGGAAAAGCUGCUGUGAAUCAGUAAAAAUGUCUAAAGUGGAGAACGAGGAGGAACUUUGUGGACAACGCAAACUACUGGACGCUGUUUUCAAGCCUGAAGUCCGGUUACACAGAGCAGACGUCCAGCUGCUGUUGGCGAGUAAAGUACAGUUUCCCCUUGAGCAGCAGAAUUGGACUCCCAGUCUGGACCAAGAGGACCCACAAGAGCCCCCACACAUUAAAGAGGAGUGGACUCCCAGUCUGGACCAGGAGGACCCACUAGAGCCCCCACACAUUAAAGAACAACAUGAACUCUGGACCAGUCAGGAGAGGGAGAAGCUUCCAGAGAAAACUCAGUCCUCACAGCUUCAUCAAAGACUAACUGAACAGAUGGAAACAGAAGCUGAUGGAGAGGACAGUGGAGGACCAGAACCAGCCAGGAACUCAGAUCCAGGUAGGCUUUUACAACCAGAUACUUCAGACUCCUCUGAACCUGAGACUGAUGACAGUUGUGAUUGGGAGGUGACAAGGGAACCUCAGUCAGGUUCAAACCGUCUACAAAAUAAUGGAAUACCUGCAAGUCUGGACCAGGAGGGCCCUCCUGAGCGCCUUCGUUUUGAAGAACAGGAGGAACUCUGCACCAGUCAGGAGAGGGACAAGCUUCUAGGGCUGGAAGAGGCUGAUAUCACCAAGUUUACAUUCACUCCUGUCCCUGUGAAGAGUGGGGAUGAUGAAGAGAAACCUCAGUCUUCACAGCUUCAUAAACAGAUGGAAACAGAAGCUGAUGGAGAGGACUGUGGAGGACCAGAACCAGCCAGGAACUCCGACCCAGAUAGACAUUUCCAACCAGAUACUGAUGACAAGAAGUCAGACUCCCCUGAACCUGAUUCAGAUGACAGUUGUGAUUGGGAGGAGACCAGGGAACCUCAGUCAGGUUCAAACCCUCUGCAAAACAAUGAAGUAUCUGAACGUCAUCAGGAAUGUAAUACUGGAGAAACAUCAAGUAGCACCUCUGAAUGUGCAACAAGCUUUGGCGACAAGAGACAGCUGCAGGAAGACAAAGGUCUCAAUAGACAACCAGGAGAGAAACCAUUUAGUUGUUCCGUUUGUGGUAAAAGAUACAUCUGGAAGGUCUCCUUAACAAAGCAUAGGAGAAUUCAUUCAGAAGGAAAACGUUUCAGCUGCUCAGUUUGUAAAAAAGGUUGCAGUGACAAAAGCGAAUUGUCCAUACACAUGAGAACUCACACUGGGGAGAAACCCUUCAUUUGUUCUGAAUGCGGGAAAAGAUUUGGACGAAAGCAUAGUCUGGAUCAACACUUGAUGGUCCACACAGGGGAGAAACCUUUCAGUUGUUCUGUUUGUGGUAGAAGAUUUGCACAGAGAAUACAAUUGACCUUACACUUGAGAGUUCAUACAGGAGAAAAACCUUACACAUGCUCAGUUUGUAAAAAAAGUUUCAGUCAAGCUAGUGCUUUGUCUGUACACCUAAGAAUCCACACAGGGGAGAAACCAUUUAGUUGCAAAGUUUGUGGUAAAACAUUUGUAACACAGGGACAAUGGGAUCAACACAUGAGAAGCCACACUGGGGAGAAACCAUUUAGGUGCAAAGUUUGUAAUAAAACAUUCUCUCAGUACGGUCAUGUCAAAAACCACAAGUGUGCUGGUGAGAGCAGAGGAACUAAAUGAAGCUGCAGAGAUGCUCGUUGAGCUGAUUCCUUCCAGCAGGACUGAAGUACUGAGGACAAGACUUUGCUCAACUCUGAUCAGUUCACUGUGACACAGACUCCAAAAUAAGUCGUGCUUCAUCUUUUCAGCUAUGAAGCCAUGUGAUCAUUUUAAUUCAGUUUUUAGUUGUGUCUACAUUAUUUUGUGGUUUUUAUGGAACUCCACUUUUUGGUAUUCAUUAAUUUAAUAGUAUUUUAUGUCACCUGUACAGCACUGUGUUGUGAUAAAUGUGAUUUAUAAAUGAAAUGAC